AUGUCUGUCAACGUCAAGGCGGAAGCAGGCGAGAAAAUUGACGAGAUGAGACGGCUGGCAGCAGUGGCGGUCGUGAAAUUGAGGUGUGACGAGGUAGUGUGUUGGAUGUCGGGCUAUGAAGGCAUCUCGACAGUAGUUGAGGACGAGUUGAGGAACAGCGGCGAUGCGAGUAAGGUUCUUCAACCAAGUGAUGAGAAAGAAAGAGAAAGGGAAAAAAAGAGACGGCCUGAAGCUGGAAUUGGAGCUGGAGCUUGGGCUGGAAAGCUGGAGCUGGACGGAGGCGGGAAACAGCGUGGGAACAAGGCUUGCAAGUGUGCAAGUCAAGGUAUCCCAUCCAUUGCUGAUUUGCUUGCUUUUCCUCCCUUGUCGGAACCUGUCUUUCGUGUCGCUCUGAGACUUCGCCAUGCGCCCACACAGACAGGCGCAAAUACGCAAUGCGCUCUGGUGACCCGCUGCCGGCGAAUCGAUAUCGGUUGUAUGCUCCCCACGCUGGCCUGCUUCUGGCUGUGCCCAGAAUCCUUGAUGCACCCUACGGAUACGCAGGCAAAGGCAAAGGAGCAAAGCAAGGGGCCCGAAGGCACACAACGUGGCCGGAUGUCGACUAUCGAGUACUGUAUCCUUCCCGUCGCCCUCGAACAGCAAUGA